GGCAACCGCACAUCCUGUGUGAGAAUGAGGCGCAAGGAGGGCUGCUUCCUGGAGCUUCUUAGCACUUCCUCUGUGCUUCAAGGGGGUUUUUGUAGAAACACCCAUUUGAUUCCCGUAGUGAAACAAGGAAACUGAAAUAUCUGAAAACAAUGAGAGAAACACAAUCCAGCAGCCAAGAAAUUGUACCUUCAGCUGGGGGCUCCAGGAAGUGAGCCAGGAUUGGGAGGAGACAGUCAGCUUGGGCCAAGAAGUGUCUGGAAGACUUUGCAGUUAAACUCACUGUCCUCCCUCCAGGAGGCCCUGAGGCUUGGUCCAGGAGACUUUGUUUAACUAAGGUGGGGCACUACCUGGUGAGCGCAUAUAAGGAAGAGCCUGAGGGAAGAACCCGGAACUCUGGGACUCUGCCACAGGGCUGACUCACCUGCCACCCUCCUCUGCCACUCUCCAUCCCACAAAGCUGCUGCUACUGAGCCAGUCCUGACCUGGAAUACUGCUGACAUCAGAUGCGCUCAUCUAGGAAACAGCUCCUGUGCCAUUUUUCUUGCUAGACUCAAGAGAUAAACCAGAGAAGGAAAAGGCCUUAGGCAUCUUCUAAGGAGAGUCAUGGCACACAACCAAGAGACUCUAGCCAAGACCCCUGUCAUCAAAUUCAAGGGCCAAGACUUCAACUUCUUGCGGGAUCAUUGCCUAAGCAGAGGUCUGCUGUUUGAGGAUGAGACCUUCCCUGCAGAGACUUCCUCCAUAGGUCUGCAGCUGCUCCAGGGAAAAAACCUCUCCAGACUGAUGUGGAGACGGCCAAAGGAUAUAUUAGAGGGUAAAUCAGAACCUCACUUCAUCCUGGAAGGUGCAAGCAGAUUUGACAUCCAACAAGGAGAGGCCGGAGAUUGCUGGUUCCUGGCAGCACUGGGCUCCUUGACACAAAACCCACAGCACCUGCAGAAGAUCCUGAUGGACCAAAGCUUUUCAUGCCACUACGCAGGGAUCUUCCGUUUCCGGUUUUGGCAGUGUGGCCAGUGGGUUGAAGUGGUGGUUGAUGAUCGCCUGCCUAUCCUCAACAGGGAAUAUCUCUUUGUGCAUCCUCGCAACAACAACCAAGAGUUUUGGCCCUGCCUGCUGGAGAAAGCUUAUGCCAAGUUUCAUGGGUCCUAUCUCAACCUGCACUACGGCUUCCUUCCUGAUGCCCUGGUGGACCUCACAGGAGGCGUGGUCACCGGCAUCGACCUGCACUCCUUUCCUUCUGACCUGGUGAUGAUACUGAAGACAGCAGCCAAGGCAGGCUCCCUGGUGACCUGCGGCACCCCGGCCUCGCCAACAGGUGAGGCCAGGAGAAUGGAAGACGGCCUGGUGAGUCAGCAUGCCUACACAGUGACCGGAGCCGAGCGGAUUCAGUACCGGGGGAGCUGGGAGGAUCUUAUCCGCCUGUGGAACCCCUGGGGCAACACGGAAUGGAGAGGGCGCUGGGCAGACAGGUCGCCAGAAUGGCAGGAAACCCACCACCAAUGGAGAAGACUGCUGUAUGAGAAUAAGGAUGAUGGCGAGUUUUGGAUGUCAUGUCAAGAUUUCCAAGACAACUUUUCCUGCCUAUACAUAUGUAACCAAUUUCCAGUCAGUCUAAACCAUGGAAACAUGCCUCCUGAAAGAUGGUCCCAAAUGAUGUUUAAGAACCAUGCAGCUCCAGGAAACACCACAGAAGAACUUCUGAGGGACACGCAGUUCAUCUUCUCUGUGCCAGAGAGUAUGGAAGACAACAAUGUCGUCAUGUCCUUCAACAUCAUGCCGCAAAAUUUAAAGGCAAAAGAUGAGAAAUUUCCACUCACCUUCAAGGUAUUCAAGGUCGACCCUCAGUUCCAGCCCUUCUGGAAGAGGUUGCCACCCACCUUCUUUUCUCAAUUCAGAAAUGCUGUCAAGGGCAUAGUUUCUAAAACCAAGUGCAACCUCACAAAGUACUUCAGUCUGAGCCCUGGGACCUACGUGGUGGUCAUCGCCACGUACAGAGAAGUUGAGUUUUUGCUCCGGAUCUUCCUGAAAAUGCCAGAUGGUGACAGGAACCCAAGCAGCAAUUUCAGCCUUACAACACUAAAGGCAAGUCUUCUGGAAAAUGGCUCCCAAGGAAGCAUCUUCCACAAAUACGCUCACCAGAAUAAGGCAGGUAAUGCCCCUCAUCUCCUGAGCAUGGAUGGGACUCCUGUAUUCCUCUCUUGUUUGGAUCAGGGGCUGGACAUUGAUGCAACCCAGCUUCAGAGCCUUCUCAACCAAGAGCUCCUGAGAGGAACUCCAGGGGACACCUUCUCUUUGGAUGAGUGCCGGAGCAUCGUGGCCCUGAUGGAUCUCAAAGCGAAUGGGAAGCUUGAGCAAGAGGAGUUUUCAAGGCUGUGGAGCCGUCUCGUCCAGUGCCAGAGUGUUUUCCAGAACAUCCAGAAACGUUCCGGAGUUUUCCUGAGUGUGGAUUUGUGGAAGGCUAUAAAGGAUGCAGACUUCCUUGCAGGGACCUCCGUCAGCAACGAGCUUCUGGAUCUCAUGACCCUCCGGUACAGUGAUCACAGUGGCAGGGUCAGCUUCCCCAGCCUGGUCUGCUUCCUGUUGCGACUUGAAGCCAUGGCAAAGACUUUCCAGAACCUCUCCAAUGAUGGAAAAGGACUCUACCUGACAAAAAUGGAGUGGAUGAACCUGGUCAUGUACAAUUGAAGCAAGGAGUAAAGCAGACCCCAGAGUCCAGUAAAUCCAUCUCCUGUAUCCUGCAGACCAAAGACAUUCUUUCUGAGAUGUGGAAGUCUGGAUUUGCCUGUAGCAAGGUGAAACUCCUUACCUGCUUUGGCCAACAUACACCUGGAGAUGACUAUAGAACCUGGGGUAUCCAGCCUUCCAGAUCUGGCCUUUUUUUAAGUUUGUUUAUUUAUUUUGAAAGAGAGACCAUGAGUGGGCAGAGAGAGAGAGAGAAUCCCAAGCAGGCUCUACGCUGUCAGCACAAAGCCCAAUGUAGGGCUUGAGCUCACGAACUGUGAGAUCAUGAUCUGAGUCAAAAUCAAGAAUUGGAUGCUUAACCAACCAAGCCACCCAGAUGCCUCCACACCUGGCUCUUAAAGAGAACUGUAUCCAGCUGGAAAAAAUGACUUGGGUACUCCAAUGACAUAAGGCAAGAAGGAGGAAGAGUUGGCAUCCAGGAAACAGAUGAAUCAGAACACGACCCUUCACUGACUGGGGAAGUCCCACAGAGAGGGAGAGGGAGAGGGAGUGACUAGCAAGGAGCCAAAAGAGUGGCCUUUGGGAAAUAUGGAAUCAGCAGUUUAUCUGAUUACUUAGUCAUGGGUAAAAUUGUGCUCAGAAGGAUUUUUAAAUUUUGCUGGAAAGUUUUGGAAGAAUUGUUAGGAUAAUGACAUAGAUUAAGCAAAUUUUUUUAAUGAGGUAAUUAUUAACUCCUGGAAGAACAAAGAAUUAUAGGAAAAAAAUGGAAAAGUGAUUCUAGAGUUUUUUUCAGUCAGCAGUGAACAGUACAUCCAUAAUUAAAAUAAAACUUGAAUAUUGAUUUAACAAAAAGUGACAUAAAUAUAUUGGGAAUCAAAUAGAGAAAAGCAGGUAUGGAAUAGGUUAGAAGCAUGCCAGCCCAAUCUUCCAGCGUAAGCAGUCAGUGGCAUUUAACAUUGACAAUUCCAGGGAUAACUGUGCAGGCAUGUCACUUAGAAAUAUGGAGGUAGGCAUCAGAAGAAAGAGUCUGCAGAGAGGAAUUUAGGACACAAAUGGGACAGGGGACUGCUGUUUUUCCUUCACGCCUUGUUAUACUAUUUGGAUUUUUAAACUGUACAUUAGGCUAGACUUGUAUGAAAAAAUAAAUAAGCAACCUAGUAACUAGACUGAGAGACAAGAAUUUAAGACUCAAGAGAAAAGGAAGGAGAUAGAAAAGAAGAAUCAAGGCUUCUUCUUUACCACAUGGCCGGGAAAGUUAGAUGAUUAUAGCUGUAGGAAAAAAAAAAAAUGUCCACGCAAGAACUCUUUCAUCCAAGAGAUGGACACUUGAGAAAAGUCACUUUUGUACCAGAAUCCACAGCCAUCAGACCAGCAUCCUGCUGGAACAGAGGACAGAGCUGUUUUUAUUCUAGCUGCUUCUGGUCUCAGCCCUUCCAACCCGUCCAGGGAGUCAGAAGAGUAUCUCCCCACCUUUCCCUCCACUCUGCCACAGGCACUCAGGUGCCCAGUGGGCUGCAGUUUGGACUAAGGGCAGAGUAAGUGGGUAGGGGGCCUCCGAGGAAUUUCGGAGAAUGAGGUGGAGACAUUCCCAUCCACUGGGGAGCCAUGGGUGUAAUGGAACUGGUCCAGCCUCACCAGCAGGUGGUACAGGUUCUCUGCUGUUGUCGGGUGGUCCCAAACAGUAUCUGUGGGAACAGGCCCAGGCAUCUGUGGUCACUGAAAGGAAGAUAAAGCUUCUUUACUCUCCCCUAGCCUUCUGCA